AGAGGAGCGAGUGUGCGGGGCGGGCGUGCCCGCCGAGGGCGUGUGCAAGGGCCGCGCGCGGGCCGGUGUGCAAGGCGCGUGCACGUGCGCGGGGGGCCCCAGGGACGCGUGCGGGGGCUGGGAGUGCGUGAAUGUGGGAAUGUGCGAGUGUGUGCCUGUGCGUGUGAGUGACACUGUGUGUGCAUUGCUGCGUGCCUGUGCGAGUGACACUGUGUGUGAGUGACACUGUGUGUGCAUCGCUGUGUGAUUGUGUGUGUGACAGCGUGUGUGAUGUGUGUGCAUCGCUGUGUGCCUGUGCGUGUGACAGUGUGUGAGUGACAAUGCGUGUGCAUCACUGUGAUUGUGUGACUGUGUGUGUGACAGCGUGUGAGUGACAAUGUGUGUCCAUCACUCUGUGUGCACCUGGGUGUGCCUGUGUGACUGAGCAGAUGGGUGUGCCUGUGUGUGUGCUGGUGUAAGUGUGCAUGUGUGUGUGUGUGCAUGUCUGUGCGUGUGUGUGCAUGUGUGUGCAUGUGUGUGUGUGUGUGUGUGUGUGUGUGUGUGUGUGUGUGUGAGGGGUGCAGGCACACCGGGGCCGUUCCCACAGCCUGUUCCCAGGCGAGUGUUUGCCGCCCAGGGCGUGAACACCCCGUGACCUCUCUGCGUGUGUUUACAUGUGCCGGCUGUGCGUACACCAGGCCGAGGGUGCGGAGGCACCCGCGGUGCUCGGGCGGGCGUCACAGGCUGCUCACAGGCAGGCGUGUCAGUGCCCGCUGGGGACUCGGACAUGCGUGUGUGCGGCGUGUCCCACGGCUGUGACAUGCCCCGGACACCGGCGGGGUGCCCACGGGUUGUGCGUCCCAGACAUGUGGCCACAACGGAUCUGUGGGUGCCCAGGCAGCCCCUGGCUUGGUGUGCAGGGAGGGUCGGGGUCCCAGGGGCUUUUGGGUCAUCCCUUGGGCCCAAGUGCCUGCUCCAACUGGGCCUGCGGCUGCCUGGGGGGCUGGCACCCCCUGUGACCCCAAGGAGCACUAGGGCAAGUGUGCCACAGGACCAAGGGUGCCACAGGGCUGAGGAGGCCAAUGCUGGUUUGGGCUCUGCGGAGUCAGGACUGGCUGGGAAGGGGGCACCCAUCCCUGAGCCCGGCCCCUCCAUUCCUGCACUCCAGGGAGCUGACAUGCCUGUGCUCCGAGCCCACCACCUCGCUGUCCCCCGGGGUGCUCACUGGCUGGGGCUCCUGCUGGCUCUUCCCUGCCCUGUGCCAGGGCUGCCCAGCAAGGAGUGGGGCCCGUGCAGCACCCCCGUGUGUCCUGCAGCUGCCCAGGCAGGCAGUGCAGGGUGCGGGCAGCGUGGGGUGUGGGCAGGGGACAGGUGGGCUGUGGGGACAGCCUGUUGUCUUCAGAACUGACUCUGCCAUCGUGCAGGAGUGAUGGGAGUAGUGAGACAGCUGUGUGCUGUGGGCUACCCGGUGCCCCGGGUGCAGGUGCCCUGCCGGGGCGAAGGGGAUGCUGUGGGGCAGCGUGGGGCUGGCUGUGUGCCAGGGGGUCCUGGCAGUAGGGUCUGAGCUCACGGUGGGCCGGAGAGGUGGGGGGCAGCCCAGCUUGGCCCCGUGGGAGGCCCUGGGCUCAGGCAGGGUGUCACAGCGGGUGCACGUGGAACAGGGGAUGCCCCGGGGCCCCGUGGGGAGCCCUGUCAGCUGUCGGGCCAGAGGUUUCCCAGGACGCAGCACAGCGCUCCGGCUGCGGCCGGUAUCCUCCGGGCGGCCGGCGCGGAGCAGCUGGAGCAUCUGUGUGGCUGUGCAGGGCCAGCACUGCAGGUGUGCAUGCACGCCUGCUCACUCGCUGUGCGUGUGCGUGCUCGGAGCAGGGACUGCCGGCUGCUGUCUGGCAGCUCCCAGCAGCCAGCCGAGCCGGGGGCGAGCCUGUGAGCCCGGGAAGGUGGGGAGAGCCCGGUGUGGGCAGCGUGCCAGCCGGGUCCCGGUCCCUGAGCAGGGGCUGCGCAGGGGCAGGCUGCGGAGGAGUGGGAGCUCGUGGGCAGCAGCAGCAGCAGCAGCAGCGGUGAGGCACACACAGCCCGUCCCGCUCUCUGCAGGCAGCAGCAGCAGUGCCCGAUUCCCAGGCACCCACUGCCAGUGGGAAUGGGGUGGCGGGCGCUGGCGUGGGAAUUUGGUGCAGAAAGCACCGCCCCACCUGCCUGCUGACCCCAGGCCACAGGUUUUGGUGCAGCCCAAAGCCCCAGAGAGGUUUCCCCGUUGCCGGCAGUGGGCAGGGAGGGUGGCCCGGGCCGCGCCGAUGCGUGCCAAUGCCUGCAGCAGGGCGUGGGGCACGCUCGGGCCUGCUCAGGGCAGAGCGGGGCAGGGUGCUGCGGUGCCCCCGGCGCUGCCCCGCUGGCAGCUGCGUGGGCAGGACAGGAGAUAAAUGGGAGUUUGGCGUAAACAGCCCUGGCUGCCAGCAGCGCUGGAGUGGCGCUUAAAGGCACAGGCUCUGGCCUGGUUCUGCUGCCUGUUCCUGCCCUCCCUCCCUGCCUGCUCUGCCCUCCUUUUCCUCCCUGCCUGCCCCUUCCCUUCCCUCCUGCUCCUGCCCUGCCUGCUCACCCCGGAGCAGCUGCCCUCCCCGCAGGGGCUCCCGUCCCCGCUGCAUGCCGUCACACCGGGGUGCUGACACAGCCCUACCACGGCCAUGCACAGGUGGCAGCCAGGUCCCUGGAGCCCCCCAGGACGCCGUGAGGUGGCGUGGGGCAGGGGGCCGUGGCUGCAGGGUGAGUGCCUUCUCCCACCCUACUCAGGGUGACGUGUUUGGCUGGGUGAAGUUGAGUCUAUGCCACUUCCCGGGCAAAGGGUGCUGCUGAUAAGGCUGGGGUGGAGCUGUGGGACUGUCCCAGGCCUGGGAAGGAACGUCAGGCUCCAUCGGGAACAGGAGGAGCAGCAGGGACAGGAAGGGAGCAAAGUCGAUUUGGGGCAGAGGGGCAGCCCAGAGCCCCGGCCCCUGGACAUCAGGUCUGCAGCGCCCGGGCGGCUUCGCGGCCGCGGCGGAGCCCCGCGGCUCGGGGCGGGAUGGCGGCGCGGCCGGUGCUGCCGGUCCUGGCGGCGCUGCUGCUCUCGGCGGCUCCGGAGCCUGUCCCGCGGGUCAGCCUGCCCUACGACUCGGCCGAGAGAGUCGUGCGGCGCUUUGAGGCCCCUGGGGUGUCCAACUACACAGCACUGCUGCUGAGCCCGGACGGUGGGACCCUCUACCUGGGGGCACGAGAACUGCUCCUCACCCUCAACACCAGCAACUUUCAGCCCAGCUCCCCAGUUCGGAGGCUGCUGUGGAGUGCAGAUGAGGAAAAGAAGAGGCAGUGUGUGUUCAAGGGAAAGGACCCUCAGAGGGACUGUCACAACUACAUCAAGCUGCUGCUGCAGCUGAACAGCACCCACCUGUACACCUGUGGGACCUGCGCCUUCAGCCCCGCCUGCGCCUACAUCAACGUGCAGCACUUCAGCCUGGAGCGGGACGCGUCGGGGAAGGUGGUGCUGGAGGACGGGAAGGGACGCUGCCCCUUUGACCCUGAGUACCGCUCCACAGCUGUCAUGGUCGAUGGUGAGCUCUACGCCGGGACCGUCAGCAACUUCCAGGGCAACGAGCCGACCAUCUCCCGCAGCCAGGAGAGCCGCAUCGCCCUCAAGACAGAAAACUCCCUCAACUGGCUGCAAGACCCAGCGUUCGUGGGCUCAGCCUACCUGCGGGAGAGCCUCCCUGCCGGCAACCCUGAGGGCGACGACGACAAGGUCUACUUCUUCUUCAGCGAGACCGGGAAGGAGUUUGACUAUUUUGAGAACACCAUCGUGUCCCGCAUCGCACGAGUGUGCAAGGGGGACCAGGGCGGGGAGCGCGUGCUGCAGCGGCGCUGGACAACCUUCCUGAAGGCACAGCUGCUCUGCUCACACCCUGAGGAUGGGUUCCCCUUCAACGUGCUGCAGGACAUCUUUGUGCUCACCCCGGGUGAGCUGCGCUGGAGGGAGACGCUCUUCUACGGUGUCUUCACCUCGCAGUGGAACAAGGGCGGACUGGGCAGCUCGGCCGUCUGCGCCUUCCCCAUGCGCAGCGUGCAGCGUGCCUUCGGCGGGCUCUACAAGGAGGUGAACCGCGAAACGCAGCAGUGGUACACGGACACCAGCCCCGUGCCAGAGCCCCGGCCAGGCAUGUGCAUCACCAGCCACACGCGGCACCUGAAGAUCAAUUCAUCGCUGCAGAUGCCAGAUCGCGUGCUGAACUUUAUCAAGGACCACUUCCUGAUGGACAGCCCCGUGCGCAGCCAGCCGCUGCUGCUGCAGAGCCAGCGGCGCUACCAGCAGAUCGGCGUGCACCGCGCGCAGGGCCUGCACGGCACCUACGACGUCCUCUUCCUGGGCACGGACGACGGGCGGCUGCACAAGGCUGUGCGGGUGAACCACGGUGUGCACAUCAUUGAGGAGAUCCGCCUCUUCCCCGACGGGCAGCCCAUUCUCCAGCUGCUGCUGGACCAGGACCAGGGCCUUGUCUACGCAGCCACCUACACAGCAGUGGCCCAGGUGCCCUUUGCCAACUGCAGCCUGUACCGCAGCUGUGGGGAAUGUGUGCUGGCACGGGACCCCUUCUGCGCCUGGAGCCGGGGUGCCUGCCGCAGGGUCACCCCACAUCCCCCGGCACACCCACAGCUCUGGGCGCAGGACAUCGAGGAUGCUGACACAGAGCGGCUCUGCCAGCUGGCCAACGCCUCCCAGCCCCGUCCCCGCAUCCUCCUGCCGCCAGACUCAGGCGCCCCGUGCCAGCAGAUCCAGCUCCCUCCCAACGCAGUGCGGCCGCUGCCGUGCCGGCUGCUCUCCAACCUGGCCUCGCGGCGCUGGCUGCACAACGGGGCACCUGUCAACGCCUCCUACCUGGUGCUGCCCGACGGGGCCCUCAUUCUGGUGGGCAGCCCGGAGCGUGCGGGCACCUAUGAGUGCUGGUCGCUGGAGGAGGGGUUCCGCAAGCUGAUGGCCAGCUACUGCGUGGGCGUGCAGGAGCCAGCCCUUGGGCCCGCAAACUCUGGCAGGAAGGUGGCUGCUGGCCGUGACACCCUGGAGACGGUCAGCACGUCCCGGAGCACCUCAGCGGUGGGCAGCGCUGCAGCACGGCUGGACGGCAAGACCUACUGGACCGAGUUCCUGGUGAUGUGUGUGCUCUUUGCCGCUGCCGUCCUCGUGCUGGCCUUCUUUGUCCUGCAGCGGCACCGUGACGGCAUGAAGGCCUUGCUGGAGCCCAGCGACCCUAGCAGGCACCAGAAGCCACCCCGCAAGCCAGUGGAGAGCCUGCCCCUGAAUGGCAGCAACCUGCCCAGCACGGCUCCUGAGCACAAGGGCUACCAGGCCCUGCAGGACAACUACAUCGUCAGUACCCCCGUGCAUGAGCCCCCAGGACCCACACGCACCUUCUCUGAGUCAGAGAAGAGGCCUCUCCACGUCCGUGACAGCUUCGUGGAAGUGUCUCCUGCCUGCCAAAGACCCCGUGUGCGCCUGGGCUCCGAGAUCCAGGACUCGGUGGUGUGACGGGGAUGGGAGCCGAGCCCUCACUCACCACUGCCUCUGCUCUGCUGAGCCUCACUGGACCGUGCACCACUGCCAGGGUCCAUGUUGUCUGUGUGUGCAUGCCCAGAGCCUGCACCCACCCUCUGCGGCAGCGCCCACCAGCCAGGGGGGCCUAGAGCCCUCCCUGGGCAUCACCUCAGUACUUGUGGGUGUGAGGGGUGCCUCACACCCUCCAGGGUCCUGCAGGGCGGCUCCAGCCCCGCGCCCCUGCUGCAGGGCCAGACACGGUUCCUGGCUCAGGCUGCUGGUGCGGGCUCUGCCAGGCCCUGACCCCCUCUAUGCAGAGGGCAGGAGGGGGCGGCCGCAGACCCCUCGUGCCCCCACUCACUGUGACGUCCCGCUGGGACCAGGGCCACGCGCGCGGCUGGGCAGCGCCAGCCCUGCGGCAUGUGCUGUGUGUCUGUGCUUGGUUCGUUUUUGAUAUGUGGAAAAUGUGAAUUGUGUCCGGGGAAGGGGAGCUGUAAGAGCUUCCCCUGCAUUGGGUGGGCAGGGAUGCCCCCGCGGCCCCGCGUGCGUGUGCGGAAACGUCUCUUGUUUUUAUAUAAAGUCCUUCAGACACGUG